AUGGCGUCCGCGGAUAGUGAACAGGGAUAUGAUUUCAUGUUUUGUGAACCCUGCCAUAAGGAAGGAAACAGAGUUCAAGCUGACGGGUUUUGUGUUAAUUGCUUGGAUUACAUGUGUAAUACGUGUUUAAAAUAUCACAAGAAAUAUGUACGAAAUCAUACACAUUUGGAUAAAGCAAAUAUGCCUCAGGACUUUUGUGUUGAGCGAUGUUCCGUUCAUCCAAAUGAAUUCGUCAAAUUCUACUGUCCGAGAUGUGACGACACGACUUGUCCAGAAUGUAUACCAAUCAAACAUCAGGCAGAAUGUUCCGAAUUCAAGCAUAUUCCGUCAUAUCUGCAGUCACGUGAUAUAAAGAGCGAAUUCAAAGAAGUUCAGAAAACACUUAACAAAGUUGAAAAAGAAGCUACUCGGAUGAGAGAAGAAACGGAUGAAAAUUUAAAGCAAGUUAGCAUAAACAGAGGUGAUAUUUCCAAGUCGAUUAACAGACAGAGAAAGUACAUGAAAGACAGAAUAGAAGAUCAACGUAUUGAGAUCUUUAAAUCACUUGAUGAGGAAAAGGCUGAAAUAAUCAGAAAACUUGAAGAGAAGCAAAACCAAAGGAAGCAGCAGUUAUUCGAGCAACAGAAAUUUAUUAACACUAGGAUUGAAGAGGAAGCGAGAAAGUUAGAUGAACAGUCGAAGACAUAUCCGAUUAUAAUGCAUAAAAUGGCGUCCAAAAGUGUAAACAUAGAGUCAAAGCUAACGUCUCUUAUUGGUGAGUUAGGUUUGAAGGAGCGACAGGGGCAAAAAGCUGAGCUUUUCAUCACAACCAAAAAAAUUAAACACAAAAUGAAAGCGCUAGAACGGGACAUGAAUGACGUACGAGAGGAAAGCGUAGUGAGUUAUCACAAGUUCCGACCCAAUAAGAAUGAUGUAAAUAUAGAUGCACCAGAAGAGAGUGUACAUCUAGGAUCUCUUAGUAGGUACAGUAGAAAAAGCAAUACAAAAGCCACGACGUCUUACUACACAAUAAUUUUUGGAGUGCUGUUCGUCUAUAUAACAACAGUAAGUGUUGUGACUUCGGGUAUCACCGAUGCCAGUAAUAAUUCACCACCUGUAAUAGCUUCAUACUUUUUAGAAACAGUAAAGGAAUUAGGUAUUGUGCCAAGGCUACUUCGUUGUGACAGAGGAACUGAAAAUGCAAAAUUGGCAUUGCUGCAACCAUUUUAUUUUCAGAUACGAAGGUACAGACAGUGUUUCUGGUUUGAAAAGCUUCAUGUAUGGGAAGAAUGUAUCUAA